UCAUGAGAUUUAAAGGCUUGACAAAUGAAGUGGCCAGCUGGAUCACACUUGCUGAGCAAAUGCUCAAAUCUAUGUUUUAAGUUUUGAGUUCUGUGCAUUAUUAAAGAAAUUAGAGCUGAAAUGUGCCUUUAAGGGCAACACCCUCACGUUCAUUGAUGUGUGUGUGUUAAAACUCUUUGAUGUUUUUGGUCACAUCUCUCAGCUUUCAGCCUCUUUGACCUCUUCAACAUGGCGCCCGCAGUGGAACACCUCGGGACAGGAAGGAGGUCGGGCGCUGCGCCUGCGCAGUUGCUCUGUCCGGGUCCCUGUAAAGAUGUCUGAGCAGGCGGGGAGGGAGCGGAGCGGAGGACCCGAAACAACGCGCAGAACCCGCAACUGUCCGCGACUUAACCGGCCAAGGCACGUGAUGUCAUUCUAACUGCCAAGAUGUCCAAUGACAGCCAGGGAUUGGUGAAGGGGGAGGCGGCCAUGAUGCUGGCUCCCUCUGGCUCCGCCUCAUCUCAGGGACCACCCCUUUCUCCGUCCACUGCCUCUAAAGCACCUGAGCUCCCAGAUGAGUUGGUUCAGGCUGGAUGGUCCAAGUGUUGGUCUCGGCGGGAGAAUCGGCCAUAUUACUUCAACAGAUUCACCAAUCAGAGCCUGUGGGAGGUGCCAGUGCUCGGCCAGCAUGAUGUUAUUUCUGAUCCUUUAGGUCUAAAUGCGGCUCCUGCAGAGGGCGGGGACAGUAACCUUGGUAAUGGUCAGAGGAAGAGGAGGAGCUCUGAGGAGCAGGGGGGAGGACCCAACAGCUUCAAACGUGCUAAGGUGGAGCCGACCACGCCCAUCUCUCCCAGCACUCCUGGGGUCAAACCCUGGAGCUCCGCCGCUGAGGACAAACAGGCCCAGUCCGCCACACCCACCACACCGAGCCCCGCCCCCGCGCCGUACAGACCAGCUGUGAUUUACUGGGACCUGGACGUGCAGACCAACGCCGUGAUCCGAGAGCAGGCCCCCGCCAGCCACCACCUGCCCCCCCACCCCGAGAUCGAGCUCCAGCGAGCGCAGCUGGUCACCAAGCUGAGGCAGCACUACCACGAGCUGUGCCACCAGAGGGAAGGUAUCGAUCCGCCCCGGGAGUCCUUCAACCGCUGGCUGCUAGAGAGGAAAGUAAUUGACAAAGGUCACGACCCCUUACUGCCGAGUGACUGUGACCCUGUUAUCUCCCCAUCGAUGUUCCGAGAGGUCAUGAACGACAUCCCUAUCAGGUUGUCUCGCAUUAAGUACAAAGAGGAGGCUCGGAAGCUGCUCUUUAAAUACGCUGAAGCUGCCAAGAAGAUGAUCGACUCCAGGAAUGCGAGCCCGGAGAGCAGGAAGGUGGUGAAAUGGAACGCCGAGGACACGAUGAACUGGCUGCGCCGAGAUCACUCUGCCAGCAAGGAGGACUAUAUGGACCGUCUGGAGCACCUGAGGCAGCAGUGCGGUCCUCACGUCGCCGCCGUCGCCAAAGAUUCUGUCGAGGGAAUCUGCUCCAAGAUCUACCAGCUGUCUGCGGAGUACAGCCGCCGCCUGCGCCAGACACACCUGAGCCUGCUGCAGGACCCGCCCACUGAGGCGUGUGCGUCCCCGCCGCAGUCCCGCCUUGUCUACUGUUACCCGGUGCGUCUGGCGAUCCCGUCGCCGCCGCUGCCUCGUGUGGAGCUUCACUUUGAGAAUGACAUGGCGUGUUUACGCUUUAGAGGAGAGAUGGUCAAAGUUAACAGAGGACACUUCAGCAAACUGGAGCUGUUGUACAGGUACAGCUGUAUAGACGACCCUCGCUUCGACAAGUUCCUGUCCAGAGUCUGGUGCCUCCUGAAGAGAUACCAGGUGAUGUUCGGCAGUGGUGCUAACGAGGGGAGUGGCCUGCAGGGGGCGCUGCCGGUGUUGGUGUUUCAGACGCUGAACCGUCAGUUUGGUGUUUCUUUCGAGUGCUUUGCCUCGCCACUCAACUGCUACUUCAAACAGUUUUGCUCCGCCUUCCCUGAUACCGACGGCUUCUUCGGGUCCAGAGGGCCCUUCCUGUCCUUCUGUCCGGUCAGCGGCUCGUUUGAAGCCAACCCGCCGUUCUGCGAGGAGCUGAUGGAUGCAAUGGUGACGCACUUUGAGGACCUGUUGGACCAGUCCUCGGAGCCUCUGUCGUUCAUCGUGUUCGUGCCUGAGUGGCGUGACCCCGUGACUCCAGCUCUGACUCGCAUGGAAGGAAGUAGAUUCCUGCGUCAUCAACUCAGCAUUCCCGCCUACGAGCAUGAGUACCGAUCAGGGAGUCAGCACAUCUGCAAAAGGGAUGAGAUGUACUACCGGGCUGUACACGGUACUGCAGUUCUCUUCCUGCAGAACGACGCCGGCUUUGCGAAGUGGGCGCCUACUCCAGAGCGUCUGGCCGAGCUGACAGCAGCGUACCGCGCCUCUUCGACCCGCAUUUCCUCCUUGUCGUCCCCUGGCCCUGCCCACAUCUCUCCUGGAGAUAGAGACUCCGCCCCCAAAACAUCUGAUAGGACACAGAGUAACGUAUUGUCACCCGGUGGCCACGACGACAACAACAACAACGACAACAACAGCAGCGGUGAUAGUGGCAGCAGCAGCAGUCCUCGAGACAAAGUGUCCACCGUGUAGGCGGGGCUUGUGGAGGCCACGCCCUUUCGCCUGUUGGACAGUUGUUUCAAGUUUUGUUUUCUGACUUGUCUCGUUCAGAUUGUCUUUCACCAGCACCUGUAGCAAAUGUUUAUCCAUAAUGCCACAUGCCACCAGGGGGUGGGCGAAGCCUGAAUUAGCCCCACCCUCUGCUGGCUUUAACCCCGCUCUGUUGUGAUUGGUCAAAGCUCUGGAGCUUUUUUUAUUUUUAAAAUUUUUUUUUAAAACUUGCAGCUGAUUCUUGUUCAGCUGUGGCUUCUGUUGUUCAGCAACAAACAUCACAGCCAAUCAGUGAGCAGCGACUUCGAGCUCCAGCAAUAACCCCCCCCCACCUGUAAUGUCACUUGUGACCACGGAGGACUCUGAUCCCCGCACCCAUAGGGCUUUCUGAUUGGUCAAUAAGGCAGCUACUGUUUCUAUUGGACAGAUCUUUGUUUUUCUGGGGUUUGAUUUUGUUUUGUUUUUUUCAGUCCUGCUUCUGGUCCCGCCUACUUAUAAUGGCCCGGCCAGUCAGUGUGGGGAAAUGGACUACUCAUGAGGUGGAGGAUUAACAGUUAGGUGGGAGGAGGUGGAGUCAGAUUCAGACUGUUGCUCGGAGACAGACGCCUUAGAGUGCGGGGUCACUGACGCUGAGGGGGCGGGGUCUCAUGUAAUCAAACUGACAGACAUUUGUGUGAACACGACAGUUUUUUGUCAUUAACGUCUUUUUUUUCGGGUUCAUCAAACGUUUGUCAGAAAAAUUAAAGUUUUUUUUAUUUAAACUUUUGGGAGUUUGCUUUGUGUUUUGUUUAUUUUAUUUUUAAGUGUUUCAAACAUUUUUUUUCCCUCUUUUCUGCUCUCUGACUCCUCCCACUCAGUAACCUGACACUACAACAAAUGUUUGUUCUGGGAUUGGCUGGCUGUGGCCCAAUGAGGCGUCUGUUUCCGGGGCUGGCAGCAGUGUAUAUAGUGUAUAGCCUGUUGAUGUUUUAAUUUAAAGCGACGGUGUGAAACCAAAGCGACAAAGCUGCGAUAGACAGACUCCUCCUCCUCACAUCGUCUUCAUCAUCAUCCGGUGUGCGUGAACUAUUUUGAAGAUGUUCCUGACCCUCAGAGCGUGCGCCGCCAUUCUUACGUUCCUCUUCCCGUUCAGCACGAGGUCAUGUGUUCAGGUGUUUCAUGCCGCUGCAGCUUCACUUGUUUGGUCACGUUAAGAACGUUCGUCACGGCUUCGACAUGUGACAGUAAUGUAAAGCACCGCAGGACGCCACUCUGGAUGUGUUAUUGGCAUCAAACCCUGACAUGAACUGUCUUAGUCACCAUUGUGUGAUGGCGUGCAUUUAAAUGCUGCCCUCGCCAUCACACAAAGGUCACUAUGAAACUUUUUGCAGUUUUCUUGGCGAGCCGAAGCGCUCACAGAGAUGCCAUCAUAAUCUGUCUCCACGGGAACAAAUGCACCAGGAGAAACGUGACGCAGGACGCGAUGGAACAGCGGAUUUUUACACGUGAACGUAAUUGUCGUUGUGACACUCGCUCACAUGUAAGGAUUAACGCGCGUGUGGUGGAUUAACUCCGAACCAGGAGUGUGCACGUGAGCCGAGCACUGGUUCUUUGAUGUCACAGUGAAUACUGAGCUGUGAUUGGCUGCUCUGGCAGCAGCAGUGAAACGUGCACAUGAUGCUCCGGUGAUGCAAUCAGAGGCUCAUCCACUGGGCCCGCCUCCAUAGGUGUGUGUCCUGGUCAUAGCUGCGUCCAUGUGCCCAGUUACUUGUGCACAAACUCCAGGUGUUUGUCAGAGGGCGGAGCUAGAAGUGCUGAUAGCUUAGCAUAGCACAAAGUCGCUAAUGUUGCAGCUGCAGACGUCUCACUUCAUCUGACUCACCUGCUGGGUUCACUCCUCUUUGACUGUCUGUGAUGUAGACACCUUACUGGAGGCGGCGGCUCGCCAAAGCCUGGCUGUAAACAGGAAGUGGUCCAUCUUGUUUGUUGGCCCCUCUGCAGAUUGUAAAUAGUGUCUGUACUCCAGUAAAAUCUGAAACCAGUAAAACCAGUGCUGUUCCUCUUUCUGCUACAGUCACAUGACCUCACACAGUCACACCAGUGUAAAUGUUUGUCAUCUACAGUAAGACCAUCUGCAAGUAUCAUUUGUCGUUUCUGUGUGAUGACAGUUUAAACAAACUUCACGUUAGUCAGUUUUCAGUGUUACACUCUCACCUGUGACGUCACCCUGGAGUCUGCCU